AUGCCAGAAUCGGCAGAAUCGGUUUCAAAUAUGGAGGACGAACAGAAUUUAGAAAUUGAAACUCCAAAAAGCAAGCGGGUGCGGAAAAUGAAAGUGAAAUGGACAGCGGAAGAGACCGAGCGGCUGAUCCAAGAAGUAGAGUCCAGGGAAGGUACAUGGAAUUUUCUUUCCCAUGAUUAUAGAGACCGCAAUUUGCGAGAGGCUCAGUGGCAUGAAGUAGCGGACAUAUUAAAUAUGCCACGAUCAGAAGUAGCAGCCAAAUGGAACAGCCUUCGCUGCUCUUAUUGCAUUGCAUUAUAAAUAUUAAUUUAGGCGGCCUUCAACCGAAAGGCACAUACAAAAAGUGGUCAAGGUGCUGGAAGAACGCCUACAAUGAACCCACUUUAUAAUUCUCUAAAGUUCCUGGAGCCCACCUUGCGUGUUGAAGCUAACACGACAUCAAACUUAAUUAUUGACAACGCGUCGACCCUGACCCUUCGAACAAUAUUGUUUGAGUCGCAAGAUAUAAAUUUAUCUGACGACAUGCAACAAACGCCAUCCACUUCAAUAAAUUUAGGGAGACGUCGAGCUCAAAAAGAUGAUGAGUAUAUUCAAGUGGUGGAACGUGCACUGGAGACCCUCACAUCAGCUACCAAAAGUGACGCAUGGGAUGAUUUGGGAAAUUUUGUGUCAUCCAAUGGCCGAGAGUUGGCCCAAGAAUCUCCAAAGAAUUUAAGCGGAAUAUAUGUGAGUUGA